CCAUCCUGACUUCUGUCAUUUUUGUCAAAAAUGGUCAUUUGACGUAAUUUGCUGACAAAAAUUUAGAAAUUUUACUUAAUUUUAAAUAUGGGGAGUUCGCAAAGUGCGCGGAAGCUUAGCGUGGAUAAUGAAAAUGCUAUUCAAGUGUCUCAAGAAGCCAUAGACCGAAUACAGGCUCAACUAAACGCGAAACAAGCGGAACAACCAAAACCAGUUCCACAGUAUCUUCCUCCACCUCCAUACUAUGAUCAGCGAAAACAACAGGAGCAUGCUGCUGAAGAAGCAUACUGGACUCGACGCAUUGAAAACUUAAAAAGAGUACAUGAAAAAAUCAAUAGUGGCAUGGAAUUAGAAUAUCAGAAAACACUGAAAGAGACAAAUGAGCUAUUUAAUUUCAUAAAUAAUGAUAAAAAUGUGAAUAAACUGCCUCCAUGCCAAGAAGAAAAAGAAAAGGUACUUCAGUGUUACAGUACAAAUGCGGACAAGUCUCUCCUUUGUUCAGUGUUAGUGAAUCAGUUCAAUGAGUGCGUAUGCCGAAGCAGGGUUGCUGCUAUCACAGCUUCUUGAUUUAUUUCCGUAAAGAUAAAUUAUUCCAAGCCCGUGUAUUACAUAAAAUAAACUGUUAAAAGUAACGAUGACGCGGCGCACGAGAUGUAGAUUUAAUAAUUAUUAUUGCUGUAUUAAAUAAAAUGUUAAUGAUUUCUCA